AUGUCUUCUCUCUGGAACGCACUCACCAGUGGCAAUAAGCCCGCGCAACAGCAGCAGCAGCAGCAGCAACGCCAGUCCUACGAUACCCCCUCGACCUCUGUCGCUGCUUUCGAUCCUUCUCAGGGACAGGGUGUCGAGUCCUUUCUCCAGAGCUCUUCCUUUGCCGAUGCGUCGCAAUUGCACCCCCUCGCCGGCCUCAACAAGGAUACUCUCGAAUACCUGAGUCUCGAAGAUUCUGCCCUCUCCGAACUCCCCGGCGGCCAGGGUGUCAUCCCCUCCCGUGGCUUCACCGAUGAUCUUUGCUACGGUACCGGUAUCACAUAUCUCUCUGCGCUGUCUUUCGGUGGUGCUUGGGGUCUGCAAGAGGGUUUGCGCAGCUCGGCCGGCCAGGCCCCCAAGUUGCGCCUCAACGCUGUCCUCAACGCCGUCACCAGACGCGGUCCCUUCCUCGGUAACUCGGCUGGUGUCGUUGCCAUUCUCUACAAUUGUGUCAACUCUUUGAUCGGCAACCUCCGUGGCAAGCAUGACGCUGCCAACACCAUUAUCGCCGGUGGCCUGAGUGGCAUGGUCUUCAAGAGCACCAAGGGUUUGAGACCCAUGCUUAUCUCUGGUGGUGUUGUCGCCUCCAUGGCCAGUGUCUGGGCUGUUCUCCGCCGAUCCCUCUUCCCCAUCCCCGAGCCUGUUGGCGCCCUGCAGGAGCUCCCCGAGGUUGUAUAA